CAUUUCGUAAAAAUGUGGCUAUGGAUGGCGUAAAUUAUAGAAGUGUAUAGGAAUUUAAAGAUAUUCUCUUGUAAAAUCAUUAUGGCUACCCGUGGAGAAAGGGGUGUAAUGAGAGUUUUAGAUAAGCUUGAAGCUUCUGUGAAUUCUGGCCAAUAUUAUGAAGCACAUCAAAUGUAUAGAACGCUAUAUUUCAGAUAUUUGACCCAAAAAAAAUAUCCGGAAUUAUUAAAUUUAUUGUAUGAAGGCUCAACGGUUCUUUUGCAACAUGAACAACAAGGUAGCGGCGCAGAUUUGGCAAUAUUGCUAAUCAACGUUCUAAGUACGUCAGAAACAAAACCAUCCGAAGAAUGGAUCGAAAAAAUAGCAAAUCUGUUUGAAAUGAUGAGUUCAUCUAUACCAGAACGAGAAACUUAUUUGGCAAAUGCAGUUAAGUGGUCAAUGGAUUCAAAUAAGAAGGGUCAUCCCUUACUUCAUAAGAAAAUAGCUGAAAUAUGCUGGGCAGAAAAGAAAUAUAUUGCUGCCCAUAAACACUUUUUACAUUCAAAUGAUGGAGCUGCAUAUGCUAGUAUGCUUAUAGAACUCCACACAAAGAGAGGCCUCAAAUCUGAGAUAGACCUAUUUAUAGCACAAGCUGUAUUGCGAUUUCUUUGCCUAAGAAAUAUUCAAAUGGCUAUAGAAACAUUUGAUGAAUAUACAGCAUCACAUCCUACUAUAAGAAAUGAUAGUGGUCCACCAUAUAUAUUGCCAUUAUUGAAUUUCCUCUGGUUUCUAUUGCGAGCUAUUGAACAGAAACAAGCAAAUCAAUUUAAAAUACUACGGAUUUGGUAUGCAAUAACUUUAAAAAGAGACCCAAACUACUCCUUGUAUUUAGACAACAUUGGGCGUAUUUGGUUUGGAAUAGAAGUUCCAUCAGCUGGUAGAAAUUCAAAUUCUGUGUUCGGGGGUCUCAUCAAAUCUAUAAUUGGUGAUAUUGAUAGUUCUGACGAAGAGGGAGAAUAUGGCCGCAAUACAGUUCCUGACUUAGAUUGAAAUAAUUUCUAUAAAUUGUUAUUAUAUAGGAUUGUAUAUGUUUCCAUCUACAUAUCAGCCCAAGCUGUUUUCAUUCAAACAUUCAGUUUUAGUAAUCCUAUUUUUUCAAUAAGUAUAUUAAUCAUAAUAAUAUAUUAAUCUUUAUUAUAUUAUACAAUUUUAUUUAUUUUUAACACUGCAUGAAUUACAGAUAGAGAAUAUUUUUACGAACCAUGGGCACCUAAAUUUUAUAGAUGGAUAUUGACUACUGACUUAUUUACUAUUUGAGUUGAUGGUAUUUUAGUGUUAUUGUAACUCACUUAUCAUCUUUAACAUGCAAUUAUUAAACAUAGGGAUUUACAUUAAUUGAAAGUUUAUUAUAGAUGUAUAUUGAUGUCGCCUGCGCUGCUGCGCUAUUAUUUAGUAGAUUGUUAGAAUAUACUGGCAUAUGUAAAAUGUAUAUCCAAAGCAAACACUGUUAUGACACAGUCAGAAUAGUUCUUAUUUUGUGUGACCUGUAAUAAACUAGUCCAUUAAUAUUACUCCCUCAACAAGAGGUUUAUAUUUGACUGGUUAUACAAAUCAAAUCCUAUUAUGAUAUUGUGUAGAGCUUGUUUUAGUUCCCCUAAUUACAAAUUGUCAGUGUGUUCAGGAAAGCUCAAAGUUCAAUACCAAUAAAUAUGAUGUAGUACUGCAGUUACAUGUUUGAGAUUAAAAAAUACGAACUUAGUAGAUAGAUUCUUCAUAAUAAUAUACAGUUCCAAUACAUAAUGUAUACAUAUUAUGACAUCUUUUGUGGUUCAAGAUUUUUUCCAUUUGACAAGAAGUUCAUGAGAAAGUUCGUAAGGUGGUUUCAAAUAGAGAUCAGCUCU